UAACGAGCAAAAAGAUACGACGUAUAAAAUAUGUAACAGCUUUUAUCUCUAAAAACUCUCCUCUAUCACCACGUUAUACUCAUCUAAUCUCAAUCAACAACUCAGUUUCUACUACUUCUUCUUCAUCUUCCCGCAAAGCGGGUCAAUUCCUUUUUAGGGUUUCUAAAACUCAAUCAAAGAAAUGCAGUCCAGUUAUGGCAUGCCGCUACCACCUGAGCAAUUUAUGGAAAAUGACGACGGUUGUUCAUCGCCAGUUUUUCCUAUUCAAAACCCACUUCAAAACUUGAACUAUCAUUAUCCGCCACAACAACCACCGCAGCCUAUGCCCAUGACCCACCAACUGUUUCUAAAUCACCAACAGAAUCAUUUUAGACCGCCGAUAUUUCACCCGGAUGAUAGAUUACAGUCACAGUUACAGCCGCCGCCGCCACACCAGCAAACACCAUUUUUUCCGAUGAAAUACCAGUUGGGGAAUAAAGAGUGUGGUGUAAAUCAACGGCAGCAGCCUCAUUUUGUACCGACGGUAAUGCAGCAGCCUCAUUGUUGGAAUCCCCAGAAAGAUUCUACCUCUAUGAAACAACCCUUUUGGAAACAGCUGAAUACAAGUAACAAUGAAGAGCAAGAAGCAGUUCAAGUAAACAACAGCAAGAAUAGAGAUAAUUUUGACGGGCUGGAAGCUAUUUAUAGCGUAGCAAAAGCUGCGGCAUUUAAUCAAACAGGUUCCGGGUCUGCUCUAACAGGCGAAAACUCACCGGAAAACAAUGUGAAUCUUUCGGUUCCGUUUAGUGCUGGACAUUGUACUGCCGCUGCUAAUACUAGAAUUGGAGUUGAUCAUUAUGGAUCAGAGAAUUCGAUCGGAGAAGAAGCUUCAGUUAUGAGAAGGAUUAAAAAGAGGAAAUUAAAGGAGAAUUUGAGUUCAAUCUCUGGAUUCUUCGAGAAUUUGGUGAAGCAAGUGACGGAUCAUCAAGAUGUAUUGCACAGAAAAUUCUUGGAAGCGAUUGAAAAAAUGGAAAAAGAUAGAACAGAACGAGAAGAAGAAUGGAAGAGAGAAGAAUCUGCAAAGUAUAACAGAGAAGCCAUUUCUAGAUCACAUGAUCAAGCUUUAGCUUCAAUAAGAGAAGCACAAAUUGUAGCCUGCAUUGAGAAAAUCACAGGCCAAAGUAUCAAACUUCCUGCAAGAAAAACUCUGCCAUUACUCCAACCCGAAUUUUCGAAACAACCCACCAAGGAUUUAACAACAAAUUCAAGUCCAAAUUCAAGAUGGCCUAAAGCAGAAGUUGAGGGUUUGAUCAAGGCAAGAGCCAGCAUAGAGACGAAGUUUCAAGAGCCUGGUUUAAAAGGGCCAUUAUGGGAAGAGGUGAGUUCUUUAAUGGCUUCAAUGGGUUACCAAAGAAAUGCAAAGAGAUGUAAAGAGAAAUGGGAAAAUAUUAACAAGUAUUAUAAAAAGGCUAAAGAAAGUUCAAAGAAACGGUCUCUACAGUCAAAAACUUGUUCAUAUUUUAAUCAAUUGGAUCAGAUUUACUCAACAAAUUGUUCUGUUCCUCUUAGCAGCAGUGACAUCAUUGAAAAGCUGCAGCAAAGUGGCUAUUCAGAGCUUUUAGAAGCCUUCAAUGUUGCAGGGAGAGACAACAAUGGCUCUAGCAAGAAGAUUAAAGUUGAUGAAAUGGGGAAUUUAGAUAUGGAAUUUGAUGAACAUGAGAAUGAAGAAGCUUACGAAGAUGAUCAUAAGGAUGAUUCUUGUUAUGUGGAUAGUACUGAUGAGGAUCAAAGUGGCAGUAGACAGUAGUGAGGAUGGAAUUAAUAAAACUGGUAACUAAACCAUUUUUUCAUAGAUUGAGAUUCUUUUUUGCAGAUUUUUUGAGUUAGUUUUAGAGGCAAACAGUUUAACUUUUUUCUGGUUUGCAAUUGUUUUGAGUAUCGAUUGAAUUUUUUGAUUAAAUGACUGAUAUAUGUAGAGAUAAAGAACCAUGCAUGUAUUUGACCAAAAAUUCUUAAGCAUGUGGGAUUAUGAACUUUCUAUUUAUACCACGA